AUGCCCAUCAUUUGUUUGCCUCUUCUUCUGCUGAUCCUCUCGCAAAAAUGUCACGCCGUCAAGGAUAUCGCAGGUUUGUCGUUUUUAACUUUUCGUGGCCUUUAUCUUAGGUUCGACAUGACCAAACUUGUUCCAAGAAGCGAAAAAUUGCUCCGAAACGAAAUUUAGACUGUUUUGGAGCAAUUUUUAGGCACCAAUGAACUCAAAUUUGCGUUUUUAACCUUGCUCCGUUUUUCCUAUGAAAAGCUAUUGAAGAGAGAAACGAAAUAACUGUCUGAACAAUUUUUAAAUAUUGUGCUUUUAAAAAAAUAAAUUCGGAACAGUUUUUGCGUUAAAUUGAAGAAAAAAUGUGAACUUUUUACUUGAAAAACCUCUUGUCAUCUUUUUCAACUUCUCAUCCUAAACAUUUACUCAAAAAUUCCGUUUUUGUAGCGCCCAUUUGAAUGCGGUUUUGGCUCAUUUUUAUAAAAACAUUUCAAUUAAAAAACAUUUUUUUUUUCACGAUUCCGUUCUUUUGACUCCUAACAGCCGCCCUCAAGGUGACCCACAUUAUCCUUGUCUGCUUUGGUUCCUUUUUCUUCCUUCUUUUUUUUGCUUUUCAAGGCUAAAUAUGUUCCUUCGACUCGUCAUUCAGUAUUUUCCGAUCAGAACGAGCACGGCCUUUUUUCCCGUUUUUACGGCGCAUAUGUUGGCUCGUUUUCGUGUCGGUUUUUUUUUGGCGGCUUGGUCAUUUUAUUCCAAACGCCUGGGAGCUUUUCGUACGCGCUCGUAACUUUUAUGUCCACGGCUCUGGAAAAAAAAAGAAUUUUUUUCGUGUUUGAAAAUGAAAGAAAGUUACUGGAAAAAUGUUUAGUGACCACUAUAGAGGCUCGACAAGGACUACUCGGAAAGGACACUAAAGUGGCCGCUAAACCCACAUCUAUAGUGGCCACUAUUUUCGGUUUUAGUGGCCACUAUAGAGGUUCUCCAUUUAGUGGCCACUUCAGAAGUUUUUCAUCCAGUAUUCCUUCCAGUAACUCUGAUAACUUCAAAACAGGUUGGACCAGUUAUGUUGAUCCAUUGACCCCUAAAGUUGCCACUAAAAUUUUUAGGAGUCUAGGAGUAGCACUUAGACCUCUAUAGUGGCCACUAAUUUUUAACCUCUUAAGUGGCCACUAUUUUGACUACUAUAGGGGCCACUAAAACGUCAAAACCCUAUAGUGGUCACUAAAAAAUUUUUCAGUAAAGUGUGUUCGGAAAAAGGAAGGAAAGGUUUUUUCUGAUAGAAAUUUACGCUUGAAAUUAGAGUUUUAUGAUUAUUUUGCGUUUAAAUUUCUUCUAGUCGCUCUCAGAUACUGAUGAAUCUUCAAAAAAAAAACCUGAAAGCGAUUUUUCAAAGCCUUGCAAUUUUUGCAUUUAUCGAGCCACAGCUGAACGGAAUGGAAUCAUAAGUUGUCCAUUCAAUCGAUAUGUUAUCCUUUUUCACGUUCCCACACAUGAAUGUUUGCAUCGGUCAUUCGGCGGCACAUUGAUAAAAAAAAGGCACGCGUCUGGUCGGAACAUCAAAGGCGGGUUCCUCAAGCCGAGCAAUGACAAAGAGGCGUUUGGUUCAAACUUUUUUUCUUUUCGACUGCGUUUCCGGAGGUUUUUGGCACGCGCCGCGCUACGGAGAGCCUGAAGAAAGCCAUCGGUCAUGCGGGCCACCGGCAGAAUUCCUUUGAGGCGUGCCGCCCGCUUUAAGCCUAACAAAUGGCUUUCGUCUCUUCUUCAAGCAAUUUUCGCUGCAUUUUAUUGACAGAGAUUGGCGAUUUGAGUCGUGAAGAUUUGAUGGAUCAAAAGAAAAGUAUCCCAUCCAAGGAACAAGAUGAUUCUUAACACGUUUGAAUCGAGUGUCUACAAAAGGAAUUAUGAGAUUUUUUGAUUUCGCAGAAAAAGUCCAAAAGACCUUGAAAAGAUGAGCCUAAAGCUCCUUUUCGAGCCCCUAAAAAGGUUUCAAAAGUUUCUCGGAAUUUUCUUUUUUUUUUAGCUCCUUAAAAGGUCCUAUGCAGAAAAAGGUCUGGAAAAUAGACGCCUUUGAGGUCCCUUUUGAGACAUUUUGGACUUUGCCGUGUUCUAAAAAAUGGUAUUCGAAAUCUGAAAAGGUCAGGAAACUUGAGAAAAUCGGGUAAUCGAGAAAAAAAAACCAAAGAAGGAUUUUGAAUUUCGGUUUAGGUGCCCUGUUCAAAGUGAUACCGCAAAAUUCAAAAUAACCAUCAGAAAAUGAAAAAUGCAUUAAUUUUGGAGAGUCAGAGGGCCUAAGGAGUCAGACUCUGAAACUCUAUUGGGACCACUUUUUCGGCCCAUAUAAAAAAACUAUUCUCCCCUACCCCCCUAACCCCUAUAGGGACCACCUUAAAAUGGGCCGAGGAUUAAUCAAAAAUAACUUCAGAUGCGCCGCUUCUACGGGAAACCUACUUUUCGAUCGGAGCUCACAUGAACGGCGACGCCUUGAGCAAAUCUCUUCAAAAGAAUGCCGACAAACUUCUCGGAAUUUCAGAGUUCCAGGUUAAUCUUGAAAUUUUCUAGAAGCCGUCAAUUUGGAGGUUAACCAUGUGCUUCACUCUCUUCUUCCAGAAAAACAAAAAAAAAUAUUCAUUUACAGAGUUUCCUGGACUCUUCGGUCUCCGACGGCUACGAGAAGCUGACGGUAGAUGACCGCCUGGCGGACCAAGUCGCCGAACGCGUCGACGCCAAGUUGACGCAUUUGCCCGGCCUUCUGACGAGCUCUUUCGACGCUGACGUCACCGCUGCUCAUUUUGUCCGCAACGUUCCGCCCUGCUCCAUGUACUUUUCCACUUUUUUUUUUGAUAUAGCCCAUUCCGCUUGAGCUUGUCCAUUGUUUUAAAGAAAAAAAGACCGUAUACCUGAUUUCAACAAUUUUCGCUUUUAGACCUUCUUGCAGUCUUUUGCGGUUUUGUAGGGUAGUAGGACAAAAAAAGUGUUUUUACGGUAGAUUUUUCAAAAUUUGACGUCACCUUUCAAGUCUCAAGUAUAAUUUCUCAGAUUCCAAAAAGUCCUGGCCACAACUCCGUCGCAGUCCUGCUAUGUUCAGCACACGCCGAACCGAGAGCUGACCUACGAAAAUAACAAUAUCGGUCCUUUGGUCAUCCUUGCCCUUCUCACAGCUCACUGUUUCAGUCCUCCGACGGGUCGAUAACUCUUCGAUCGUCCAGCGACAGUAUGUCCUGGUCGACGGCGUUCAGCAACUCGAACUCCCCGCGGACUUUAUCGCCAAGAACGAGUUCCGCCAUUGGCAGCAGUUCGUCAUCGCCUCGACCCCGUUUCCCAAGCGCAUUUUCAUUGUUUUCGAGCUUGGUAGGUUGAUUUUUUUUGCUUUGAAGAUGUUUCUCAUUGAAAAAUCUCGCGUUGCAGGUAAGAUGACGCCGGCGCUGCUGAAAACGGCCAAAGACGCGGCCCUACACCUGCUGAGCAUGGCGGCUCCGGAUGAUCAUCUACACGUUGUGGUCGCCGCUUCCGGGUCCGUCAUCGCAAAGUGCAAAGGCGGCGCUCCGGAACAUCGACGUCGGGCUCGACGGCUCAUUAAAACUCUCAGGUUGGUAUAGAUCCCAGAGAACUGAGAUAGAUUUAUUGAGAUACAAUAUGAGAUUGGGGCUGUUUAGAAGAUUCAUAAUUUUAUGAUUGUAGGAUUCAGUUAGGAAGUUUUGAACAGAAAACGAGGGUUCUCAAUAAUUUCAGUUACGAUGAACAGGCUGAACAGAGUUUUCUCUCUUAAAAGAAUAAUUUGAACUAUUUUUAUUUUGACCAGCAACUUCUGUGUGUAGGUAAUUUCAGAUUUAAGUUAAAGUGGACUUUUCGAAAAUAGUAGAAAAUUUGAAUUUUUAGAAUGAAACUUCCUUUAUAAGAGACCUUAUUCAUUUAUUUAUUUAUUUCAUUCGUACCUUCCCAAAUCGAGCAAGAAAAAUCUUAUAAUUAGGCUUUUGAAACUUUUGUCAAGUUUCCAUACUGAAAAGAACUUUCCGGAUCACUUUUUUCUCUCUGGAAAAUCGCAUUUGCCUUCUUCUAUCGCCUCCAAAUUUAAAAGACACGCUCCAAAAUCAAAAUCCCUUCGCGCCAACCGUUCCUCCAAUACCUAAUUUAGCCAUUACCUUCGCCACCUCUAACAAAGGAACUAGCCAAUUACACGGUAGCAGUGCUUUGAAAAAAAGGUCCAUCUCCCUAUUACCCAAAAAACAACAACGUUGACCCCGGUGAAGGUAUUAUUUGCACGGCGCCGAGAGAUUUGACCGAUUAAAGUUGACCUUCCCUCCUGUUGUUCUACAACGUCUCCGCACGUCGAGAGCCCCCCGUAAUCAGUGUCACUUGUUGCCUGUUCCCUCGGAAGUCAACACGGUAUUAGCCGACAAUUGAUACUUGAGACCGUGGUGGAUGACGCGCCGUACAGUUUUCUUUGUUCUUUUGAGAGGAAUGCAACAGAUUUCCAUUGUGAACUUGUCACGUUUCAAAUAGAAUUAGGAAAACCACAGUAUGCAGAUGUUUAAAAAAAUAUACCUAAAAAAAUUGAACAAAAAAACGCGUACAUAGGUUUUUAUUCAGUACAGAUUCCCGAUGUGGAUUUUUAAUUUUUCCUUGAGUUUUUCAGGAUAUUACACAAUUUAUGAAAAUUUGUCCUUUUUUUUUAGGAGUUUCAUAUUUGUUUGUAAUGUCCAUUUUGAAGUUAAAAAAAUUCUAAAAUCAGGUUUCUGAAUUUCUAUCAGCUGUUCUUCUGAUGAAAAACUUGAUAAUUAGCGGAAAUAAAGAAUUAAAGAUUUCCUGAGCCAUGAAGAUUUUUGGAAAAAGUCCUUGCUAUCCGUUUUUCAUUCAAAAAGUCCGUUAUCGUUUUCUUCCUUUCAGACUCCCAACAAAUGACUCGGAAAUCUCCUCGCAUUCGGCAGCGCUCAACGCCACGUUUGAUCUCCUACGCGACGAGGCGACGCUGGAAGUCGCCGCCAACCGCCAAAAUGUCAUCUACGUGAGUUUCUCCAAGGUCAAGUGCUACCUGCCAACUUGGAGUUUAGUACAUCAGCCGCGGAAUGUUUGCCGAGCUUCUCGAGGCCAAAGAAAUCUUGAAUUCGCUCGCCAAACGCGUCAUCGCCAUGCAACGACUUCAGUGCAAAUUCAAAAUCAACACGAUUCUCAUCGCUGAACGUGAGAUCGCCUUAAAAUUUCUUUCAAAAGAGGUUUUUCCAGAAAAUAGAGCCCCGUUGUCGUGGUCCUACGAGUUCCUGGAAAAUAUCGCCCAGCAAAACUUUUCCAUUCACAAAAAUUCGAUCGAGAACGAGACUUUGGAACAGUUGGCCAGCGUUGAUUUCAGUCCGAGCAGGGGCGAGGUGAGAUUAAUCAAAUUUUUUGGGUUCAGUGGUCUUAAAUGAAAAGUCCUGACCAAAGUUGGGAGUUCAAUAAAAAAAUAAUAAUAGAGAUUCUUUCACUUGUAGGUUUUUCUAAUGAAGGGUUCGCUGUUAAAUUUCUCAGUUUCACAAUUUUUUGAGUAUGACUUGGAUUUUUGUAUCGAUCCAAAGUAGAAAGUAUCCACAGAGGCUUGACAAAAAAAUCAUCCAAAGUAGAGAAAAAAACUUUAAUAAUAGAAAAAAAUGUUUAAAGUCGGUUCAUUCUAAUAAAGAUUUUUGCUGUACAAUUUUACAAUUUACACUUUUUUCGCGCUUGAAUUGAAUAUCCAUAUUGGUCGAAAAGGAAAGUAAUUCUGGGUUCUCGAAAAGAGUCAUCUAAAGCAAAGCCAAUGGUUUCGUAGUAAAGAAAGCUUACCAUUUUCGACUUUUGAGGGUCCAUAACUUUUUUAACAGACGUAUUGUGCAACUUUUGAGAUCAGAUUUGAAAUCAGCGUAAAAAACUACAUCUAGAAAAAUUGGUCUGAUUCAGAAGUCCCACCACUCCCUGGUUAGAAAUAUAAAAAUGUCCAGAAGGCUUUUUUUAAAACUGGGUUCCAAUUUCAUCUACUUUCUCAUGUAUUUUUCCGUGAAAAUCAUGAAUUUUUGCCCCAGAUGGUGGUGCUGAGCGAUGAAGUUAUGAAGCAGCUGAAUCUGCGGACCCUUCUGAAGAUGAACUGCGUCGAGGGCCGCUGUGAGAACCAUCCAUCGACGGUCCAUUGGACCUACGAUAUCAAGGCGUCUUCGGUUCGAAAUAAUAUCACUGAAUUUCCUUAAAAUUUUCUUCCAGAUGUCCGUUUUCCGUCAGUUCCAGCAUCGAAACAGGUCCCUCGUCAUGGGCUUCGACCUGCACCUCGACGAACUUUUCGAUGAAGUCCUCCAGCCUUUCGCCUUCCGCGCGGCACCUUCUGACGUCCGUCUCACCAUUUCCGUUGUCGAUUUCCGAGGGUUGGUUCUUGAGAGCGAACAAGAAGAUCAAUGGUUUUCUGCAGACACGUCGUCGCAUCUUCGAGCUCGAGGUCUGAUGUGCGACUGAACGUGGCCGACGGCUGGCCCAAGUCGAUCAACUGGCUUCUCAACGAGUUCCGCAACCCCAUCAACCAAAGAGGCACCUUCACCGUCGGCACCAAGGCCCACGGUCUUCUUUCCUACUACUGGCGCAAGGUUCACCCUUCCAAAAGAAGGUUCUCAACGAGAUUAUCUGUUCUCAGAUGCAAGAAGCCCCGUUUGUCAUCGUGAUGUCUUCGACCCACGGAAGUCUGCCCGUUGAUGUCGUCAGAGUGGCCCAAGCUCCCAAGCAAAUGUACACGAUGGAGAACGUCUUGUGGCACAAGAAUGAUGUUAGUCUUUUGAGUUCAUAAAGACCAGGAGAAAAGAUAAACUGUGACUAGUGGAAUCUUUAGGGUCUCAAGUGGCCACUAUAGUGGCUAAAAAUUAGUAGCCUUUUUGAAGUCUAAGUUAGGCCACUCAAACUACUAUAGUGGUAACUAAGACCCAAAAGAGGUGGUUUUAGUGGCCACUUUAGUGUCCUCUCCAAGUGAAGGAACUUCUUGGGUGGCCACUAGAGUCCCCCCUAUACUUCAGAAUUCAUACGCCUAUCUCAAAAAGCUGAAGAUAUGAAGAUUGUGGGUUUUUUCCGCCUUUUUUUGAGAGAUGUUUAGAAUACUUUCUAUGAAGUUUCUUUUUAUCAAAUUUUCCGAGGAAAUGAAUCUGAUUCUCAAAAAAAAAAACAUCAACUUUUUUCCAGGACCGCCAACAGAAAUGCCUCCUCCAUGGAACUCCGGUGUCCCAGAGAUUUUCUUCAAUUUUUGUCCCUCCCUCGGUAAGCUCUAGAUUUCCAGAAAAGAUCAUUUUUGAGUUCACUUGCAGGCCUACCACCCGGCAGCAAAAAGGAUGCUCUCAUCGGACGCCCUCCGAAACAAUUGGGUCUACCUCUUCGACAAUGUCGGCUUCAUCCGGUCGAAUUCUCUGCGCCGAGGCGUCCGUGAACACCUCGGAAUUCUCAGCAAUCUGUCGCAUAUUUGGCAAAACUUGGAGAAAAACUUGAAAGGUGCGGUUUUGCAAUGGAAACGAGCUGAUAGGAGCCGUGCAGAAACAUCUCCCCCCCACAGGUGUAAAAUUCACUUGCUCUUAAAUCUCUUUAGCUUCUUUUAUAAGAGGUCUUAUGACCCUAAAAAAGGUUUUAUUUAUUGCAAAACGGAUGAACUGAUAGUGGUACUUGAAUAUCCCUUUGAUGACCUCAAUGAUGUUUUUUUUUUUAAAUAUCUGUUUCUCAGAUGGAAGCGAAUCUCCAGUGAUCCGAAGGUACGCCGCGACGGUCGACGGCGUUCUGACGACUUUUCCAGCCCAAACAAUCCGAGAAGACUUCGAGCCGACGAGGCAGAAAUGGUGAGGAGGGCAGCUGUCCCAAAGAAAGAAAAACUGUCUCCUUGACAAGACAAUUGGCUCACAAAGAAAGUGGCGCGAGGUGGAUUUGUCGACGUCUGGCAGGCCUCCUCAGAUCCCAGACGUAUUUGCGGUUGAUUAGCGGCGGCGACCACGUAAAGGCACGCGUGUUGACAGGUGCUCGCCCCCCUUUGAAGUCGCCGCCUCGACUGGAUUAGCGCCGAUUUGAGGGGAUUUCUUUUUGAAUUCUUCGAGUUUCUCACUCAACUCGGAACUCCAAAAACCGUCCUUAUAGGAGUUUUAACUUAAGUGGUCCCUAUAGGAGUUUAGGACCUGAUCCUAAAGGACUCAAAACCCAAGUGGUCCCUAUAGGGUCUGUUCAUACGAGAAGACCAGAAUGACAUUACGAUUAGGCUUGUAGUAUUUUUGCCUUUCUAAAGUUCUCAAAUAUUUGGCCGAAAAAAUGAAGAUUAAACUUGGAUCGAAUCAUAGGAAAUGACUUAUCAAAAAAUUAAGAUUGAGGACACUUUUUAAUUUCAGGGAUUUACCGUAAGAUAUGAAAGUGUGAAGUAAAGUUCCAGCUUUUCAAAAUAAUCAUAUGAAUAUUUUUCCCCUUGCCGGUAAGGUCAGAGGAACGUGAAAAAUUAAGAAAAUUUGAAAAAAAGGAUUUCUGUCAAAAUGGUGAUCCUUUAAAGGUUUGUCGACGCGAUGAACGAACCGGGAAAGAUCGUGGUGACCGGCCCCAGCGAGAAUGCACUCCUUGGCGACGUCAUCACAGUUUCGACGACUGUCCUCGCGCUUUCCAGCUCUCCCAACAAGCAGGUACAGUAGAACUUCCUCUUUGAUCAACGCCAACUUGCCUUUUCAAGGUGUUCGCCGUGGUGGCGAUGGACGUUCCUUCUGGAGUCUUCAACACUUGGCUCCGUGAGGGAAUCACCGCCUGUGGACAGGUGGGACUUCACCUUGAUUAUAGGAAAAUUUUCUUGACUUUUUCAGACUAGAAGAUGUGUCCUGUUUGCUGCCGACGGCAAGGUUGUCUACGCCGAUCCGGAUCCUAAUAGAGGUUUUUUUGAAGUUGAUGCUCAGGAGUUAGCUUGAGAUAUAAUAUAAAUAUGUUAGAAUUGUGUUCAGUUUGUGUGGAUCGGUUCCAGUUUUAUGAACGCAAGGCUAAGCUCGCGAAUAACUUGACUUCCGAAUAUAGGUCUAGAUUUAAAAAUUUUUCUAUGUGGACACAGUUUGAUAAUGUAGUUUACGGUCGAAGAAUUGUCUUGAAUUUUUGGAUUAAAAGUUUUUUUUAAACAAACACAGAGCUUGUUAGGUUAUCUAUUGAUAGAAAUUUAUUCCUUGGAAAAUGUUUUCCUUUAAAAAAUGCACCUUUUGAUCUUAUGCGCUCCACUGCUAAAUGUUCUAACUUCUAGGACAUUUUUAACACGAAUCGGACGUGUCGGGGCAUUUCUAGGGACCACUUUAGCAACUUCAACCCUCUUGAGUGAUCCCUAGAGUUGCUUAGAAUCGUUCGAAGCACAUCCGGUCAGCCUUACUAUGUCCGUAAUCUUUUAUAAGAACUCAGGCCUGGGCAACGCGAACCGGACGCGCUAGUGACCACUUUAGUAGCAUCAGACCUCUUUAGUGACCCCUAGAAUCGUGGAGAAAGCUCCUGUUUCUGUUACCAUGAUCUAGGGAGUUUUUUCCAGCUUCUUUUGGGCUUUUUUUCGUUGCUUUUCAUGUUCGUCCAUUUGUAGUGAAGUCAACGGCGGAAGCGUUUGAGCGAUACCACAUCAGUCAUCUGGAGCCGAUUCUGGCGGCGCGAAUGUCGCGAAGUCCCGACGUCGUCAAGAAAAGACAAUGUCUCGACGAGGGAAACGAGCUGCAGAGAACCUCGGUCUGGAACACCAAGUACACGCGCGUCUUCACGGUUAGUUGUAACUAGAAUUCUCGAAGUUAAAAAAAAACAUUAUAGGUUGGCUGCGGCGAAGUCUCGUCGGCCAUCGGAAGCCCUCUUCACAGCGAGACGUUGCUCGUCCCCGACACGAACAUCUUCCUCUCGAUGGUCAACUCCAGCUGCACCAAACCUGGUCUCGGGGUGAGUUUUGGGUUCCAAACGCUGCCUGGUCUUUGGUGGAAAAGAAAUUAAGUUGAAAUUUUCUUGUUUAACGUCAAGAACUCUCCGGGUACCUCUCAAGAACUCCUGAUAAAAAUAAGAAUGGACAAAGUGACCCAAAUGAAUUGAGAUGAACUUCCAGACAUUCUGCCCCUGCUCGGUGAGCGACCGACGUUGCUUGUUCUGCGGCCGCUUCGACUCGAACGAGUGCGAGUGUCCGUGUCAGUGUCCUUUUGAGGAAACUUGUGCCGGUUCGUGCUCCGAAACGAAUCUGAAGAUGAUCACUGAAAGUUUCAGACGAGGACAGCUUGCCGACGUGUGUCCAUGAACCGACCAACUCCGACAUGACUUUUGAAGAAAUCGACAUGACCUACAAGGACUGCCCCAACACUUUGUGAGUUCUUGUUUGGGUCUGAAAAUAAGGAGCGUGGUCAAACUCCUUGUAAAUUCUCAAAUUUGAAAAUUGAAACGAUUGAUUUUGUAGUAUCAACUCUAUGGGAAAAACUUGAAGAGAAACAUUUUUUCAAAAAUUAAUUUUUAGAUGCGGUGUAAUUGGCUCUCCAUUGGCUUGCCGAGCCACUCCGGGCUGUGAAUGGUGCGCUUUUUCCGUGUCUGGCGCGACGAUCGACGUCCCCGCCUGCUCGGCUAUCUCCACUUGUUAUCAAGGAGUUCAGGGCCGCACCGUUGGAAGUUUGCCCUCUCCCAAAUUUCCACCAAAUUGCAUUUGCUUUAAGAUGGCUCAAGCUCGAAGUUCGAUGAAAUCUGGCCCUCGAAAGCUCCCAUCGGACCCCUAAUCGCUUGUCUUUUUGCCGUCGCUGUCCUUGUUUCUACUGUCGCCUACUGUUAUCGAUCGCAGGUAUUUUUUGAUUAUCUUUCAUUACCUGAGAUUUUUCAGAUGACACGGUUGGGAGAAAGACGAGUCAUGUUUGAUGCGUCGGGAAUGCCUCUUUUCGGACGACAUGGCCCGCCUUUCGAGUUCGAUCUGGAUGGUUCUGGAUUCCGAGAAUGUUCGUUUACUCAUCUUUUCUGAAGCUCGAGGGAAAAAGGAAAAAAAAAACAGAUUAGAAUUAAGAACAUUUUUGACCUUUUUGAAUCGGAAAACUGGUACCUGCAAGUUUUGAAAGUGUGAAACGGCUUCAAAUUAAAAUUAGUAACCUUUUGGGAUUAGAACUGAAAAUAUUUGACUUGAGUUGAAAUAUUGGUUUAGAUUAGUUUUCCUGACUUUAGGAGAACUACUGUAUUAACAAUUUGGACCAGUGAAAGUUGUUACUCAGUGAAAUGAAGGCAUUAGAAACAAAAAAUAAUAGUUUUACUCAUAUCCCAAGAACAACUCGAAUGAAUGUUUAACUUCAGUGAAGCAACCUGUGCAGCUGGCGUCGUUUGAACGCGUCGCCCCGAUCGCCGAGCGGAUCGGCCAGGCGCCGACCGUCAGCAGCGACCACGGCUACUCCACCAUGACCGAUCGGAACGCCGCCGACGACAGCGAGUGUGCUGAAAGGUUCCUUUUUCCUUAUUUCAUUUGGACCUAUCAGUUUUCUUUCUAUUGAAACUUAUUGUUUUUCGCCAAGCUUUUAUCAAAGUCAGGAGCUGAUUUUGGCGGUACUUUGAGUUGCAUAAAGGUAUCUGAAUGAAUCGUAAUAGAGAAUUCACAGUGCCGCCAGAAAAGAACCCGAAAAAACGCGACUUUGAUCACCUUCCUGAAAGUUUAUGAAGCUGGGUUUUCUUUUCUGUGAACUGAAAUUUCAUCAGAGUGUUAAAAAUACCAGUCUUCACAUCUCCGGAAAGUUUCAGAUUGAUUGAAUUCCUUACAAGAAAGAUGUGACCGAAAAUUAGUCUUUUCUGACGGUACUGUGUACUUUUGUUAAUAUUUCGGUAUUGAGUUGAAUAUCGUCUCGAAACAAAAUUUUUCUGGAAAUCAAUCUUAUUUUUUCCAGUGUUCUGACGGCCCUGACGCCUACAGGACCUCCAGACGGCUCGCCGCGGCUGAAGUCAUGCUCAUUGGUGACGACGUCGGUCGUCGUGCAUCACGUUCCGGAACACGUCCUCCGCGAAGUCGUCUCCUCCCCCAUGAUUGAAACCUUAUAG